AUGUCGGGCGUGUCUGAUGCGAUGGACCUGGAGGUCGAGCUGCUAUACCAGCGGAAAUCAACGCCCAUCAUCAGGGACCGCACCGCUCCCGCCACUCAUCCUACAUUCCACCUCUUCCCCGAUAGCGCCCUCCUCAGCCUCCCUCAACACGCCGAUGUUGAGCCUGAGCAUAUUCAGCUUCGAGUCCGGCGCCAGAUCUUUGGCGGUCAAGAUGCGCUGAUGCUGCGUCCGUCCAUGGACGAGCUCAAGUUCCGAGGGGUUGUCAUGCGCUCGGUUGAUAUGGAGAAGGUGGUCAGUCUAGAGGAGAUCCCCGCUGAGCCUGAGGUGGAUGAAGAGGACGGAAAUGGGUCGGACGAUGGCAAGCUCGACGCGAGAUUCCCUCAGCUGGAGAAGCGGCAGAAGCUAGUCCUUGAGGUGUUCAGAGGGAACCUGCAAGCGGUCCCAUCGGCAGGAGCUGAUAUGGACUUCUACAACGGCAAGCUCCCUGACUUCCACGAAAAGCCGCCUAUCAGUCUCGGCUCUUCCAAGCCCUCUCGACCAGACCGUGCGACUCCCAAGGAGGUCUUCGUACCCCUCGAGAGGGAGACUACUCCCUGGCGAACAUAUACCAUCCUUCUGUCUGCACCUGUCCCACCACCUGCCCUUCCUCCCACCCCAAAGCUCGCUCCCCCGCCCGCAUCAACCCCGUCGAGCAAGAAGACUCCACAGCCUAUCCAAAUCCGAUCGACACAGCGGUCGGUCAGCCGUCCUGUACCCAAACCCAAGACGUUGGUGGCGCCGCCGGCCGGUAUAGUCCAGCUCAUCGACGUAUAUCAUCUUGCAACAGACAAGAAGCUCGACAGUACGACCCCGAGCCAGCCAGAGCAGGGCGGUCGGGCGGACACACAGGCGGGGGAUAGUAUCCCUCUGGCUGUGGCUGUUCCAGAGUCGGAGCAAGUGGCGGCGGUGCCUCUGGGGCUCGAGAUGAAGGGAGAGGAUGUACCGGCCCAUACUCCACUCCUCCAGUAUGCCCCAGCCUCGGCGACACUGCCUCCCUCACCCGCUGAUGAGCUCACAUCGGUCACAACCCCUCACGUCCGGCCGGCGGUACCAUCCGAGACUGUUGUCAACCCCAUCGUCACCGAACCGGACACCGUCCCGCUGCUGCAACUCGAGCCACCUUCCCAAGCAGCGCUAACUGUAAACCCUGCCCCACUCCAAGAAGUACCUCCGUUACCUAUCGAUACCCUCGUCGAAUACGCCGCCGAGCUCGUUGUCCCCGUGACCGUUCACUCGCAAGCCGGAGUCGAUAUCGAGCCGGAAUCAGAGGAUCCCAUGGACGGCAUCGCUCUAGUAGAGCUGCUCGAUAUCAUUGCCAGCCAAGCGAUCGAUCCGGCGGAGGGACCCCCGGCAUCCUCUCAGAUCCCCUUACCAAUCGCCGAUACCACCAAGCCGGCGGCGGCAGAGCCCAUCCUCAAGUCGGACCCGGCGCUCGUCGAAGAUGCGCUAGAUCGCGGCGACGUCGACACCCCACCGUCGGCAUCAGGCACCCUCCUCUUCUCUACUCGGGUCGACCAUCGACGCGACAGACUCUCCAUCACGCCUCCCCCGCCCCGUAUCCCGCUCACCCAGAUGUCAGCGCCGGUGCCGAUAGUCCCGCAGGUCAAAGCAAGAGCAAAAGGGAGGCGGUCUGGCACAACGGACGAGAUGCGAUUUUACAUUCCGUCCACUUCGCCGCCGCUGGGUCCUGGGCCUAUACACCAGGAGAAGCAGCGGAAGAAGAGGCAGCUCGACGAGGUUGAGCAAGAGUCGUCAGUGAGGAGGGUCGGCGGUAGCGGGUCGGAAUCGAAGUUGGCGGAGCGCGAGCCGAAGCGCAAGGCCCUUGAGCAGUCCGCACCUGUCCCGUCCGGCUCCGCAGACACCCACCAGCCAGGUCGUCAGGACAAGCAUCAAGAGGUCGCGCCUCUACCCACCGAACCUCAGCGGAAGGGCGAGGCCACGCUCAGUGGUCUGUUCCCUGUUCGCCGUCAACGAACGGGCACGGAUCGGGCGAGCCCUCCACCAUCGCUUCCCAUGCGUCCAGUAAUGCCUACCUCGAACGAAGCAAGAGCUAUGGGCGUUACUCCAAUCCCUACGAUCCCACUACCAGACGGGACGGCCGAUCCGGUACAGAAGGUCAAGAAAUGGCGGGCGGAAACUCUGCCGAGUCGCGGGAUUCAUCACCCCUCCUUGCCUCCCAAGCCGAUAUCCCACUCGCCCGUCCGCGGAUCCGAUGUCCUCGAUCACGAUCUCCCGAACACGAUGGCGGUAGACCAGCCACCGCAGUCUCCAGGCCCGCUCGACCAGCCGGAGGAGGAUCAGUGGCGGGAUGCUCCGCGGAUCAGCAAGCACAAAGGAAGCAGCAGGUCUUACCGACCUCCAGAGGAUGCUCGCUGCUCCACACCCGAGACGCAUGUGAUGGGUCAGACGAAGGGCGAGCGCGAUCAGGCUCGUCAGCCACUCGAAACGCGCUUGUACACACACCGAGGCGGCAGAAAGCAAUAUCGUCGGGAUUCGGAGACUCGCGAUGAACGCCCGGAUCAGCUCAGCUCCCACGCCGCUCCCGCUCACCCUUCGCCUGCCGACCCCAAACCAUCCGUUCGGAAGUCAAGGUGGGAUCAGCCACCGAGCCGUAUCAUCCCAAUGUGGACGCCACCGCAUAUUCCCACUCAGCGCGAACUCGAGCACGAGGAGCACCGCCGCGAGCGGCACCGACAGCGGCAGCUUAAAGAACGGGCGGAGCGGCAGGCCGCGGAAGAAAAGAAACGGGAGGAGGAGGAGCCCCAGCGACAAGCAGACUUCGCCAAGCUCAAGCGAAGGAGGAGGGAUGAGAGGGACCCAUCGGAAGUGGUGGAGAAGCGGCAGAGGGCGAGGGCGUCGGGGAGCGUGGUGGAGAUUCCUGGGCCGAAGAAGCGAGCGGUAGCUGGGGAUGUCAUCGACCUGACUGGGGACUCGGACUAG